AUGGCGUCGUUCAGCGCGGGGCUGGCGUGGAUGAUCGGCGUAUCCUGCGCCCUCUCCGCUGGCGCACAAGACGCCUUGGCAGAGUACGGGGUGCCCCUUUGGGCCCACGAAGGAGGACUGAACGACCGACGUUUGUAUUUCGCCGACGCGCAGUGCACUUACGCGAGCGUGCCGCUACCUUCUUCGGCCAUGUUGUGCACCACUACGACGGCCUCGAGUACCACUACAAAGUCGUCAACCACAAAAACGACAACUUCUGAAUCGACAGGAACAGUGACAACGACAUCGAGCACCACAGCAAGUUCGACGACUCAGACGACAGGAACUUCGAUGACCACUACGGCCGUGACUGGUACAACAUCAGAGACCACUAAAACGAGAACUACGGUCUCAACCUUGACUACCACCUCUGGGACUACCACCUCUGGGACUACCACCUCUGGGACUACCACCUCUGGGACUACCACCUCUGUGACUACCACCACUGGGAGUUCUAGCAGCACGACCUCUGAUAGUUCCAGCACUACCGUGUCCUCGACGACGGAGACUUCCAGCACGACGGAGUCCAUGACCUCCUCGACUUCUGUGAGUUCCAGCACCUCUGUGUCCACGACGACUGCGAGUUCCAGCACGACGCGGUCCACCACCUCGGAGACUUCGAGCACUACUGUGUCCUCGACGACUGCGAGUUCCAGCACGACGCGGUCCACGACCUCGGAGACUUCGAGCACUACCGUGUCCUCGACGACUGCGAGUUCUAGUACGACGGUGUCCACGACCUUGGGGUCUUCGAGUUCCACCACGACAGGGUCCUCCCAGACACCGCCAACGCCAUCACCAACGCCAGCGCCUACACCAGCACCGACGCCAGCACCCACGCCAGCACCGACGCCAGCACCAACGCCGGCACCGACGCCAGCACCAACGCCAGCACCGACGCCAGCACCUACGCCGGCACCGACGCCAGCACCUACGCAGGCACCGACGCCAGCGCCAACCCCAGCACCAACGCCAGCACCGACGCCGGCACCGACGCCAGCCACCUACGCCGGCACCGACGCCAGCACCAACGCCAGCACCGACGCCAGCACCUACGCCGGCACCAACCCCAGCACCAACGCCAGCGCCUACGCCAGCACCGACGCCGGCACCCACGCCCGCACCGACGCCAGCACCAACGCCAGCACCGACGCCAGCACCUACGCCGGCACCGACGCCAGCACCUACGCCGGCACCGACGCCAGCGCCAACCCCAGCACCAACGCCAGCACCUACGCCGGCACCGACACCAGCGCCGACGCCAGCACCAACGCCAGCACCGACCACCGACCCUGGCACCGACGCCAGCACCAACGCCAGCGCCUACGCCAGCACCAACGCCACACCGACGCCAGCACCGACGCCAGCACCAACGCCAGCACCUACGCCGGCACCGACGCUUGCACCAACGCCAGCGCCUACGCCAGCACCAACGCCGGCACCGACGCCAGCGCCGACUCCAGCACCAACACCUGCACCAACAGCCAUUCCUUCAACGACGGAGACUUCUAG